UCACCGCAUCCGACAAACCACAUCCCCUCAGCAGUGACACUAUGUACCUACGGAUCAAAAUCCAGCUGAUCUGGCAACUAGGUCAGUGCCUGCGUCACAACUCACCAACACCACGUGGUUUACAGGACCAGAGUUCCUAUACAAGCCACACCAGCCUGAAACUCAUGACCCCUUUCAGUUAGUAGAUCCUGAAACAGACGCAGACUUGAGGCCUCAGCUGACAGCACUCGCCACUCACCUAAGUGAAGGUAAACUCUCCUCAGAGCGGUUCCAGCGCUUCUCCACUUGGGAGUCAUUGCUGAGAGCUGUCUCUUGCUUAAUCCAUCAAGCCACAUCAUUCAGAUCAGACUGUCUGAAUGUUUGUAAAAGAUGGCACCUGUGCAAAAAACCACGCACUCCAGAGGAGCUAGAUGCGGCAAAACGAGUCAUACUCAUGUCUGUCCAAAGGGAUGCUUAUCCAGAAGAGUAUGCAGCACUACAAGAAAAAAGAACAAUUUCCAAGUCAAGCACAAUCCUGAACCUCGAUCCUGUCAUGUGCGAUGGCCUGUUGAGAAUUGGCGGCCGUCUGAAACAUGCGUCUGUUGAGUCUGAGGUGAGAAACCCCAUCAUUCUCCCAAAAUGUCAUGUGACAAAGUUAAUGGUGAGCCACCACCACACAAAAGUGCAGCACCAAGGGCGACACUUCACAGAAGGUGCUGUGAGGGCUGCCGGCCUGUGGGUCGUUGCAGGCAAGAGACUGAUAGGCUCAGUCAUCCACCACUGCGUCACCUGCCGCAAGUUAAGAGGGAAGUUCGAGGUCCAGAAGAUGGCUGACCUCCCCCCGGAACGUCUGAGCUCAUCUCCGCCAUUCACAUACGUAGGGCUGGAUGUGUUUGGCCCCUGGAAUGUGGUCACCCGACGCACCAGAGGUGGUGCAGCUCACAGUAAGCGGUGGGCUAUACUCUUCACAUGUAUGUGCACCAGGGCUGUGCAUAUAGAGCUCAUUGAAAACAUGGACUCACCCAGCUGCAUCAAUGCCUUGAGAAGGUUUUUUGCCCUGAGAGGGCCAGCAAAGCAGCUGAGAUCAGAUCGAGGUACGAACUUUAUCGGGGCCAGUGCUGAACUGGGCAUGAGACCGGACAACCCAAACCAGGUCAGCACUCUGAAACACCUUCACGAGAACGGCUGUGCGUGGGAGUUUAACCCGCCACAUGCAUCUCACAUGGGGGGCGUGUGGGAGCGCAUGAUCGGCGUAGCCCGCAGGAUACUUGACUCCAUGCUCCUGGAAAGAAAGCAAAAUGACCUGACUCACGAAGUGCUGUGCACCUUGAUGGCAGAGGUGUGUGCCAUAAUGAACGCAAGGCCAUUAGUUCCAGUCUCCUCUGACCCCUUGUCAUCAGUGCUGCUGACUCCUGCUAUGCCGUUGACUCAAAAGCCAGGGGUGUCUGCUCCAGCCGGCACUUUUACCGAAAAGGACUUGUUCAAGUGUCAGUGGAGACAGGUGCAGGCCCUGGCAAAUGAGUUCUGGAAGCGAUGGAGGAAAGAAUACCUCCACACUCUUCAGCCAAGGCGCAAAUGGCACACAGCAACAUGAAAUCUGCAGCCCGGGGACGUUGUGUUGCUGAAAGAGAGUCAGUCCCCCCGCAAUGAGUGGCCUAUGGGUCUGGUCACUGCCGUCUUUCCAAGCAGUGACAAAAAGGUCAGAAAAGUUGAAAUAAAGACUGCAUCUCAAGAUAAAGUAAAGACAUUCUUCAGGCCCAUUACUGAGGUUGUCCUGCUUCUGCCUAAGGAAGGUCAAAGGUCAAGCGAGGACUGUUGAAUCUUUAGUGGCAUUAAAUGCCAGACGGGGAGUGUUCUGCCCAUAAUAUGUUUUUGUUCUGUCUAUAAUAUGUUUUAUGUAUUGGGUUACUCUUAAAACUUUUGUAUGUUCACGUGAUUUAAUGUGUUUGAUAUGAGUGUACAGGAAGCAAAGCAUGUUUGGAAUGUAAACAAACCAGGCAUCGUUCACAUAGCAACUAUCAACUGUCACAUAGCAAAAUAUCCAUUUUAUGUAUUUUCAAUCUGUUGUGUGAAUCUUAAAGAAAGCAAUGACUGUAAGUUUUACACGAUCAUAAUAUGUACAUUACCUAAAUACAAUGUGUUAUAUUGUAACUUUGAUGAUGAUUUUGGAUGUUGUAAAUAGUCAAACGCAAUCGCUGCAUAUCAGUUAUGUAUGUAUUUUAAAAUUACUGUAAGCAUUUUUCUACUUUCUCUUUUUAUUUCGUAGUUUCACUCCGUUUCAAUGUUGUCAGCUUGACUAAUAGUCAAUAAAGGAGCAAGAAGGCUCAUUUUCCUGGCUCUUGAAAAAGGAGUUUGGCUCGCUGUUGAAUCUACGUUG